AUGGCUGUAGUGACAGCCGAUAAUCAUGGGCCACUUCUGAAUGUCGCUAUGUGGAUUGUAUUGGUACCCAUGAUUAUCAUAGCUUCGACCAAAAUCUAUACCAAAUACGACACUCUUCGCAAAAUCCAGAUUGAUGAUUAUUUGGGUCUCAUUGCUAUGUUGUCCUCGGUCGGUCAAUGCAUAUGCACAUCGGAACAAAUUGCUCAUGGACUUGGGCAAAAACAAGACACUAUCCUUCAGAGUGAGCUUAAUCGCUUCUAUAUAGCUCAAUAUGCUGGUAACAUCAUGUAUAUCUCAGCAAUCUUUCUCUCCAAGCUAUCAAGUCUUUACUUCUUUGUUUGUCUCACUAGAGAAGGAAGCAACAAACGCCGAUUGAUUCAUAGAAGCAUUGUCUGGGUUGGAACAUGGAGCUUGGUCAGUAUAAUCGCGAUCGCUCUGCAAUGCCAGCUCCCAGAUCCUUGGGUGUUUGAGCCGGGGAAAUGUAUCAAUGUUGUAAGAUACUUCCAAGUCUUCAAGUUCUGUAUCCUAACCUUAGUCGCUGUUCCACAGAGAGUCUUUUGGACAGUCAACGCGGUAGUGGAUUCGUUGACUCAGGUGUUCGUUGGUCUGCUUCCUGUGCAUAUUCUGAGUGGUCUGAAAAUGGAGGAUUCCAAGAAAAGAUUGACGAUACUUUUAUUCUCGCCGAACCUUUUGACCUUACCUCUUCUUAUUCUUCGCAUAAUCUAUCUGUACAACACCAUCGAUUCAACAAACUAUACUUGGGAUUCAUUCAACUUGGCUUUAAUGACAAACCUGCACUCUUCCUUCACAAUUAUAUUGUCCUGUAUACCCUUCUCCAAAUCUAUCGUUGACAGUCUCGUCGUUGCACCGCAUAUCAUAACGGACACCAGAAGCGGGGUCCUCUCAAGUGAUCGGCUAAAAGGUGCAGAAAGGAGGAACAAAUCUUACACUAGAGGCUCUUCACACUUCCUAAGUGGAAUUACAGCUAGGACAACUACAAUCGUAACUGUUGCUAGGGGUGAAGCACAAGAAUUGAACGAGUAUAUCAGCCGUGCUGAGAGCCAAGAAAGAAUGAUCUCAGGGUCAACAAGCCCAGCUACAAGCAAAGCUGAAUGGCACUCAUAA